AUGUCUACACCAUACUGGGGCCAGUUGCCCGGACCAAAGGUCGCCCAGGGCCAUAGCCGCCGCAGGUCUGAGUCGGACAACUAUACCUAUAAUGCUGACCGUAGAUCUUCGCUCGAAGCUGCCCCAGUUCGCAAAUCGAAUCCGAACCGUGCUUCUUCACAAACUCAGGGCACUGAAGCUCUUUCUGAAUCUACCUUUAGUCCUUAUGAUUCUCCUACCACUCCUGGUUUCGCUCCUCAAGGUCUAGCUCCCAGACCAUCUUCAUACCGCCGAGACAUCACUGCUGGAGAGUCUUCAAAACCGCGCUACAACACCCGACAGCAGCAGCAGCAGCAAGACUACGACGACGAGCCAUUGUCGCCUGCUCAAGACGCUCCUCGCGGCCCUCCUGUGAACUAUCGCCAUCCGUACGGUAACGGCGGUCCUUCUAAUACCCACACCGCUCCCGAUCCUAACCCACAAGACGACGAUAUGGAAGAUGACCAGUACCAGCGCUCCUCCCAGAGGACUGGAGGUCAAAGAUAUGACCAAGGCCAAGAUGAUUUCUCAAGACGAGGUUCGAGCGCCAGCGCAUACGAUCAAUUGCCUAGGAGAACAACAGGCGGGUCAUCAAAACGUCAAAAAGCGUACGCAGACGACCGAUCACCCCUCCAAAGGCUAGAGUUGACGCUCGAUAGUAUGACCAAGGAGGAAAAGCGCGCCCGAGUAGAAGCCGCCGAAAAACGCGCCAGAGCAAGACAACAGGCCAUGAAAGCUGGAAAGCAACCCGCAAGCGGCCCGCAAGUGCAGCAGUCGCAAGAACGAAAACCCUCCAUCACAUAUAGCGAGAGGCGUCCGUCAGGAGGCGGAGCCUUCUUUUCAGCUGGACAGCCUUCAGCGCACCGAGAUGCUUCCCAAAACUACUCCAGAGAAGCACCAAGAGAGGCUCAAAGAGAUACACAACGCGAUGUUCCACAAGACACCUACCAAGACAUUCCACCGCAGAAUGCGCCCAGAGAAGAGACUGCUUCUCCAUUUGUGUACCAGGAGCUACCUCCUCAAGUCACUGUACAAAGAGGCCAUUCGCAUCGCCGUCGCAGUUCUGUUGCGCAACGGCCAGCAGAUGACAUGACUUUUGCAUCAGGCGCAUUGCGACAGCCAGAAGAAGUUGAGCCUGCGCCCAUGCGCAUGGAACCUCAACCUGCCGUUCCCAGAACAGUUGAGCCAGCCUCUGGCAUUCCCCAGCGCAACCUGAGUUUCCGCGAACGAGCGGCUCGAGAUAACGCACAGCUUCCUGAACGGUCUGCGCCAAUGCCGAUGCCAAUGCCACAGACCCAACCAGUUCAGCCUCCUGCGCAAAGCAGUGGAUUCUCUCUGACCAGAAGUGGCAGCAACAAGCUCAGGAAACCACCUCCACCUGAACUUAACUAUCCUCGCAGGGUCAUGUCCGAAAGGCGCGCUCCUGCUGGACCCCCCAUUUCAAAAUACUGCCACCAGUUUGAUGAUGAUUAUUAUUAUGACGACCAAGAUGACCUACUUCCCGCUCGACAGAUUCCCCAAGAACUCCCUACCCGACAGAACACCCGAGAGGUUACUCAAGAACUUAAUGACCGCUUUACCAGGGACAAGGAGCUUCCUCCCAACCCUCCACAGACCACAGAUGCGCCGAUUGAAUUCAUACCGACCCGUCAACAGAUGCCUAUGCCUGGCGAUAACCAAGGCAUCAAGAGACGCGUUACUGACCCUGCCCCUAGGGUUCAGUAUGCUGAUGAGGAUGAGUUCAUCCCGCCUCCCCAACGCACCAAGUCCAUUGGCACCAGACUGCUUGGCAGAAAGGACGAUGAUGGAUUCCAGGCUCAGAACCAGGCAGCUGUCCUCAGGAAAGCCGACCGGGCAGACAGCUUUUCUUCUGAAAGCUCCGAAGGACACCACGUUUCAAACAUGGUAUUCAAGCGCCCAGAAGAGAUGGUCCCUGGUGAUGGCCUUUACCUCCCACCUCAAUGGCUAGAUGAGUGGAGGAAGGGAACCGUUGGUACCUUGUCUGGAAGCUACUUGGAUAUUCAAGAUGGUCCCGUUGCUGAGUCAGACGCGCACCAGGCUUGGUGGGAGCAGGAUAAGAGGAAGAGCUUCUCCGCGCCACGAAACGCCGAGGCUUUCGAUGGCGAGUAUGAUGAGCAGACCCCUACUCGCUUCAAGCCUCCGCUUUUCAUGAAGUGCGGUCCGCUUUUGAGAUAUUGUGGAAUCAAGCGCGAGAAGGUCCCCAACAGAGCUGGUAACCUGGCCGAACGAGAAAUGUGGCGUGGCAGCAUUAUGAUUGUCACUCAGGAUUCUGACUCUUCAUAUGACAUCGCACCCACUCUGCGACUCUUUGUUCAGAGUCUCGACCUGCUGCCAGCACCUCCCCACAGCAUCAAAGGAGACCUGUCUCCUGAGUUCAUCGACCCCAUCGCUGGCCACCCCAAGGUGGGCCGUAGAGGAGAAACCCUCUAUGUGCGCCCUGUGGAGCAUCUAGAGGAGUCAAAGGACCUUUCUCGGGACGAGACUGACGCAGGACUCUUUGAGCAAACCAUCACCCCGCUUGAGCUUCCCGGCCCCGAUGGCCCAGCUGAUCUGCCCGGCUCAUUUGCUAACCGCAGAAAGCGGGCAGGCGCUGAUGGCGAGAAGGUCCAGAAGUACAAGGACAUCAGAGGCUUCAGACUCCAUGCUGAGCGUGGAUGCACUUUCUGGCGCUUCAACAUCGAGGUUGAGUUGCGCGAGGGACAGCAGCAGCGCAUUGCAUACCGUAUCAACCGUGGCCCCGCCACAGGUUUCUGGGUCCCUGCCAAGGGUGAGACGAUGAACAUGAUGUUCCACAGCUGUAACGGCUUCAGCUCGAGUGUGAAGCCUGAUGAGCUUAGCGGACCCGACCCUAUGUGGCGUGAUGUGUUGAACAACCACCAAUCUCGACCUUUCCAUCUUAUGAUUGGAGGUGGUGACCAGAUCUACAACGACUGUGUGUCAAAGGAAUGCAGCCUUUUCAAGGAGUGGCUCAACAUCCGCAACCCUAUCCACAAGCACACUGCCGCUCUCACCCCUGAGAUGCAAAAUGAGCUGGAAACCUUUUACCUCGAGAGAUACUGCAUGUGGUUCUCUCAAGGCCUGUUUGGUCUCGCCAACUCACAGAUUCCCAUGGUCAACAUGUGGGAUGACCAUGAUAUCUUUGACGGAUAUGGUUCGUAUCCUCACCACGACAUGAAGUCCCCAAUCAUGAGUGGUCUGGGUGCUGUCGCGCACAAGUACUAUAUGCUGUUCCAGCACCAGUCUAUUAUGACUGAGCUGGAAAACACCGAGCCAAGCUGGAUUCUUGGUAACGAGCCCGGCCCAUACAUUAAUGAGCUUGGUCGCAGUCUGUUCUUGUCUGUUGGUUCAAAGGUCGGACUUCUCGCUGUUGAUUGCCGUACAGAAAGGACGGAGCAUGAUGUUGUCUCUGAUAAGUCGUGGGAGAAGAUCAUGAACCGUCUCUACGCUGAGGUCCGCCGUGGCCAGGUUGAGCAUCUGCUGGUGCUCUUGGGUAUUCCUAUUGCCUACCCCAGAUUGGUCUGGUUGGAGAAUAUCCUGACAUCCAGACUCAUGGACCCCGUCAAGGCACUUGGACGCACCGGUGUCUUGGGCAAGGCCCUCAACAACAUCGAUGGCGGUGUUGAAGUCUUGGAUGAUCUCAACGACCACUGGACUGCCAAGAGCCACAAGCAGGAGCGAUCUGUCGUGAUCGAAGACUUGCAAGAUCUUGCCAUUGACAAGUCUCUUCGAGUCACCAUUCUCAGUGGUGACGUUCACCUUGCUGCUGUUGGACAAUUUUACUCCAACCCCAAGCUUGGACUUGCUAAGCACAAGGACCCGCGAUACAUGCCCAACAUUAUCUCAUCAGCCAUCGCCAACACACCACCCCCUGAUCUGAUGGCCGAUGUGCUGAACAAGAGGAACAAGGUGCACCACUUUGACAAGCAAACUGACGAAGACAUGAUUCCCCUCUUCCAGCAGGGAGUUGAUGGCAAGCCAAGAAACAACAAGCAUCUCCUCCCUCACCGAAACUGGUGUGCCAUCCGUGAGUGGCAGCCAGGUACCACGCCACCACCUACACCCCCUGGGUCUGAUGGAAGAAGCUCAAGCCCUCCUCCUAAGGGUGGCCUUCUCCGAAGGUUGUCCCUCUCCAGGAGCAAGUCUACGUCUUCCGAUACUCGACCCGACUUUAGCAGAGAGACUGUCCGCGGUGGAUCCCGACCCCCCGUUACGCGAGGGGGUGGUGGUCUGUUCCGUAGCUUGUCACGACGCAACUCGACAAGUUCCGAACGUCCUCCUGCAGCCAAGCUUCAGCGAUCCAUGUCUGUUGACCAAGCCCCUGAAGGCAAAAAAUCAGGAUUCUUCGGCUUCAUUCGACGACCUAGUCAGCGUCGUGCUGCUGAUGAUGGUGGCAUGAACGGCGAAUGGGACGACCCUUACUAUGAUGAUCCGGACUACUACGAGGAGCCUCUGUCUCCUCGCCGUGGAGAUCCUGGCCCUUCGGGCAUGCGAGGAGGUGCCGCAUAUGAUGAGUACACCGAGGGUGACGACUCUUACUUUAUGGCGGCCCGACCACUCCAGCGAGCCCAGACUGUUGGAUCGCGAGCCAUGUCACACUCGCGAGAGGCCGUGGGCCCCAUGGCGCCCAUGCCUCGUCCUGGAGACUUUUAUAGGACGCCUACUGGCCUUUCAACAAAGCAAAAGAAGCAGGCAGACAAGUAUAGCGUCGAUCUCGAGGGUGGACUAGAUAUCACCCUGAAUGUCGAGAUCAACCCCAAGGACCCUGCCGGUAUCACCAAGCCAUACCGGCUUUUGGUACCAAAGCUCUUUUAUGACUAUGAAAAUGAGAACGAGAAUGACGCGGGAGUCGUUCCAGAGCAGGACCCAGAGAUGGCCCAGGCUGGAACUGCAGAAGCUCCUGAACCAACUGGAUUCAAGAGACUUCUCAGCUUCCGCAAGAAGGCGAAGAACCGUCCUCCACCAGAGGAUGACGAUUAUAGUGAAGACGACGAUGAUGACAUUGAUGUUUAUCGUGUAAGAUAA